CAUGUUCCUCAGGUUGACCUUGCUCUUGACAAUCGGACUCCUCUUUGGGCUCGCCAGCGCGUCGCCUGUCGGUCAGGAAACAAACGCGGAGAGGCUUGCGAGAGGUCUGCCACCGAACCAUCCAAAAUUCCUUCGGAGUGGUACACCAGUCCUAGGCUCUAGGGGUGCUUCGACGUCCCCUCUCCCGCCCGUCAGCCUAUCUGGUCGCCUUCAAGUGCGAACAAAAGAGGGACAUGUGUUGGGCCAAGUCAGGAAUUGGGAGGGUGGAGGAACGAGCGGCGGUGUCAACUUCCUUGGCCCUGACAGCGACCUCCUCGUCACGCUCUCGUACAGCCUGUCAAACCCUACCCAACUUAACAUCUUCGCCACGAAUCCUGCAUUCCCUGCUCCAUUCUAUGUUGGCGCUGGAACCUUCUCCACGAUUAUAAUCCCAACGCUCAGUCCUUCAACUCGAGGUCCUGUCAGCUUCACCAACGUCGAAUCCGCACCACCUGGUUCAGGUCCGGUGAAACCGGCUGCUAGAGAUGCGUAUGUAGAGUCUGCGAUCUGGACAAUUGACCCGAGCACGAAUAAACUCGAAGCCCAAUGGAUUAAUAGUGAUGGCUCUAAACCUCCUACCAUCCUGGCAUAUGAUAUUCGCAAGAAUGUCCUCUUCUUUACGGGCAGUCUCGAGGCUUACAAUACGAACAACCCAUUCCCAGCGUCUGCUGUGGACCUCUUCCUCUUUUCAGGCCCAGUGUCAACUUG